GAUAAAGAUGCGUGGGUAAUGUCUUCAUUCUGCUGCUAGCUAAACUUUAUUUUCCUGCUGUCACCAUUUGGUAAGAUCACUUGACUAUCUGGGAAAAGAAUGUUUCAGAACUUUACACCUGAUAAUAAAGGGGAAGAGAAGAAUACUGGCCACUCCAUACAUGCCUUGAUCACAGAGAUUGUGCCUACUGCUCAUGCAGCCAAGAUAAAUGAGACUCAAGAUUCAUUGCCAGAAGAGAAGGCUCUGACAAUAUUGUUAUAUAUUACUCUACCUUUCUCUGUUUUUGGACUUUUCAGCAAUGGAGCUGUUUUCUGGUUUCUCUGCUGUAGAAUCAAAAACACUAAAUACACAGUAUACGUACUGAAUUUAGCCAUUGCUGAUUUCAGUGUCCUCUUCUGUCACGUCACAAACCUUUUUAUCAGUUUAAUUGUAUGUGAAUGUGUUAUUUUUGAUGUGUAUUUCUAUAUAGCAUUUGAUAUCUUGUCUUUUUGGGGAUUCAAUAUCAGUUUUUUCCUAUUGACAGCAAUUAGUGUGGAGAGGUAUGUGGGGACCUUUUUCCCUCUCUGCUAUCGUUUUAAACGGCCAAAGCAUCUUUCCACCAUACUGUGCACUGUCCUGUGGGGCCUCUCCUGUGUCAUGGCAGGAAUGGACUAUAUAUGUUGGCAGAAAUACAUUUUGGGAGAUAUUUGUCCUGAAAAUUCAGUCAUUGUCACUGUUCUCAUGCUAUUUUUGCCAGUUAUGAUCUUUUGUAGCUUCAGUCUGUUUAUCAAAAUAUUGAAGAUAAAAUCUCCAGCUCGCUUUUAUCGUACUAUCCUUUUCACAGUCAUUCUCUUUCUUAUCUUUGCUAUGCCUCACAAGAUCCUUUCUCUGAUAGAAUACAUGCAGCCAACACUGCCCAUAAAUGAGACCAUCAUUCGUAGCUUUUCCUUGCUUAAUGUAAUCAACAGCAGCCUCAAUCCUUUUGUUUAUUUUUUUGUUGGAAGACAGAAAAGGUGUCGUUCCAAGGAACCCUUGCAGGUAGUGAUCUAUAGAUCCUGCAAUGAUGAAUCCCUGGGUCAUGCAAGCAGUGAACCAGUGACUGAUUCCCACUAAAAGCAGCUUUCUACAGAUCCAUUUGGUGAAAACUGAUUGAUUCAUUCAAAAGGCUGCUUAUGAAGGUCUCUAACACAUUCCAGGA